ACGAAAAAAAAACCCAUCUGCAGCGAAACUUCGUUUUUAUUUCCAAUUGUACAUUUGAAGUUCGUCCGUGACGAUUUUAUCAGGAUCACCAAAAUUUUAAGUGGGAUUGGAGGAUAUCUUGUAAACUAAACGGGUUUCUUCUCAUUUCGGAAGUAAAUUAGAAAAAUGGCGAUUGCAGCGGCCAAACCCAAGCAGGGAAAGAAAUUUACCUUUAAUGAUGAAGGUGAAGCUGUCAUAGACUCUAAACCAGCAGGAGUUAGAUUUGAUCCUGGUAUUCCUUGGUAUAAUAUCCAGUUACCGCAACUUCAACCUACCAAGAAACCAGUUUCCUCUGACAAGGCCAAUGAAUUAGAACAACGAGGAAUAUUUCUUUUGCAACAAGAUGCUGAACGUUUUUCAAAUUCUUUGGAGACGGGAAGCACCGACAAACGAAUGAUGCAAACCUUGAUUAGCUCAGGUACUACGAGCGAUCGUAUUUCUGCCUUAACGCUUUUGGUCCAAGAAUCUCCAAUUCAUGCAGCCAAACCAUUGGAAAGUUUAUUGGCACUCUGUGCAAAAAAAUCACGUAAUGAAAAUACCCAAAGUGUCAGCACUCUGAAGGACCUCUUUUUGGGAGGUUUAUUACCAGACAGAAAGUUACAGUAUAUGAAACAACAGCCCUGUCUAGGAUCCCAGGGUGUCACUGAUGAACAUUUAAUGGUGUGGGCUUUUGAGAGCUAUUUAAAGUCGUUUUAUUUCAAAUACAUUCAACAUGUGGAAGUGCUUUCCUUUGAUCCGCUGAUGUUUGUGAAAAGUCAAAUGCUUUCUACCAUGUUUGAUUUAUUAAAAGGAAAGCCCGAACAGGAACAAAAUUUGUUGCGCUUGCUUGUGAAUAAGCUUGGUGACAAGGACAACAAAAUAGCAUCUAAGGCAUCCUAUUUAAUUCUUCAAUUGGAAGCAAGUCAUCCAGCCAUGAAGUUUAUCGUUACAAAAGAGUUGGAAAGAUUUGCUUUUGCCCCUACCACUUCGCGAACUAGCCAUUAUUAUACAAUGAUUACACUCAACCAAACCGUUUUGACUCAUAAACAAACAGAUGUCGCAAACUUAUUGAUCGAAAUCUAUUUUGUCUUUUUCACAAAGCUUUUAUUCGCUUUUGAAAAAGAAGAAAAUGCAAAUAAGGAAGAUGAAAAGAAAGAGCUUCAUGAUGCCAAAGAUAACAAAAAGAGUCAAAAACGGAAAAAGGAUGCCGAUAUCCGUAAAGAGGCACAAGAGAAUUCCAAUUCUCGCUUGGUUUCUGCCAUUCUUACUGGUGUUAAUCGAGCUUACCCUUUUGCGGAAAUUAACAGUGAAAGUUUCGAUAAGCAUAUGAACACCCUCUUUACAAUUACUCAUACUGCUUCUUUCAACACUGCCAUCCAGGUACUUAUGUUAAUUUUCCAAGCUUCCUCUACCCGGGACUCCGUUCCCGAUCGCUUUUACAAAAGUUUGUAUGAAUCUUUGUUAGAUCCACGGCUUCCUACUUCUUCCAAGCAUUCCCUUUACUUGAACUUGUUAUAUAAAUCUUUAAUUGUUGACAAUAAUAUUGCUCGUGUACGUGCGUUCAUUAAGCGAAUGGUUCAGAUUGCCGCUUGGCAAUCCCCCUCUCUUGUUACUGGGUUUUUCCAUGUUAUUCAACAAUUAGAGGAUUCUAAUCCGUCACUCCGUGUAAUGUUUGACAAGCCAGAAAUGCACGAGUUUGACGACGAUGAAGAAGAAGUGUUUAGAGAUGUUGAGGAAGAAGAAGAGAACGAAACUUCUGACAAUGAAAAGAAUACAGAGGAGCAAGACACUAAACAAGAAAACAAAGAAAGUCACGGUGCUUUUGCCAAGCCCGACCUUUCAAACGCUUACGAUGGACGGAAAAGAGAUCCCCAGUAUAGUAAUGCCGAUCGCAGUUGUAUUUGGGAAAUAUACCCAUUUUUGAGUCAUUUCCAUCCUACCGUAUCUAUGCUGGCAAAGCAGUUGGUACAAGGGAAAAAAAUUGAAGGCAAGCCAGAUCUUUCCCUUCAUACCUUGAGCCACUUUCUCGAUAAGUUUGCAUAUCGUAAUCCUAAAAAAUCUGCUGCUGCUAAAGGUUACUCUAUUAUGCAACCCCUUGCUGGCAGCGUCUCCAAAGGUAUUGUUUCUACCGGUACCGGUCAAGGUAACGUGCCUAUGAAUUCGGAACAAUUUAUUGAAAAACAGGAAAGCGAAAUUCCCGUGGAUGAACUGUUCUUCCAUCGCUUCUUUAAUGAUAAAUAUAUUAAAGGAAAGCAAUCUAAUAAGAAGAAGGUUAGCGUAAAUGAAGAAGGUGAGAUGGACGAAGACGAGGUAUGGAAAGCACUUGUGGAUUCCAAGCCGAACUUGGAAAUGGACGAAGAAGAAAGUGAUUUCGAUGAAGAGGCUAUGGAUGAGGCAAUGGCGGACUUUUCUGAUGGAGAAGAGGUUGAACAACCAAAGGAGCCUUCAGAAGAAGCCGAAGAGAGCGCUGAAGAAGAGGAAGACGAAGGCCAAAUGUUCUCAGACGAAGAAACUGAACCUCGCCAGAAUGCUGCUGAUGCACCUAAUACAGAAGAGGGUGGAUCUGAAGAUGAAAUGCAAUUGUUGGAAGACGAAGAAGAUUUACUUCCAUUUGAAGAUGGUGAAGAUGAAGAAUCUGAAGGGGAAGAAGAGCGACGCGAAAAGGAAGAGAAAUCUUCCAAAAAGAAUAAGCGAAGAAAGACUCUUAAAGAUUUGCCUGUUUUCGCUGAUGCAGAUUCUUAUGCUCAUUUGUUGGAAGGUAAUUAAAUGUUUGGGUGAUUCUUUUUCACCUAUCCUCAUAAAAGGAAGCAACUGAACGCUGCUUCCAAGAAAAAAUGUUUGAACUAAGGAAAUUGGGAUUUUAUAGAUACAUUAAAAUGGUAUUUUGUUUAAUAUAGGAUAUUUUAUUUACCUAAUAAAUGUGGGAUUUUUGGUUGACGAAA